UUCAUCGUGUCGUUUCUCUUGACGGCACGGUCGCGGCUCCUCCCUUCUUCCAGAUCUUCGGGCUAGCUUGUCCUCAUCGGCGUGGAGUUCCUCAGCCUCCGGCGACCAGAUUCCGUCCAUCAUACUUCAUCAGCGAAGCGUUUUGGCGGGCGGAGCACUGUAGCUGUGAGUUACGAUUUUCAGCUCAGACCAGCGGCGUUCUUCUGGUCUGAGUCUCCAUUUAUUCACGGGAUUAUCGGUGGUAAUCCUCCGGUGAUUCUGAACCCUUUUCCGACAACACUUCAACGUUCCUUGCUCCCUUCGUCCAGCUCGCGACUCCAGCUUCAGAAAAUGCAGCAGCGUGCAGUAGUGAGCCAUUUCAGAAACUGACCUUACUGAAUUUUGUGAGCUAAUACAAGGAAAUCUGAGUCAUCUUGAAGCUUGAGGACACCAGAUCGACUUCUGUUGGAGUGUUCUCUGCAGAUCCUUGUGUGACAGCAAGGAGAAGACAAGUUUGGUCCGAGAUUUGGGUGUCUUCCUUUGCAACAUUGCUUGAACUUGACCCGGAGAUUGAGAGAACCUUUUGGACUUUAAGGAGACAAGCUAGGUCAACAACAACUUGUGAGAGUAGAAUUUCAGAGAUGGAUAAUCAGAUAACAGAAGGGGAUCGAACUAUGAAAGAUCUUGCAGCACCAGAUGUGACUUAUAAGUACUCAUGCAUCACUUAUCCAGAUUUGGCAGGAGAUUUUGAACAUAGAUCAGGACUUAUUCAUCUGCUACCCAAAUUUCAAGAGUUAUCAGGAAAGGAUCCCAACCGCCAUCUACAUGAAUUCCAUGCGGUUUGUUCAACCAUGAAGCUACAAGGGAUUUCAGAAGAAGACAUUAGGUUGAGGGCUUUUUUCCAUUCUCUUUGACGAGAGCAUCUAAGGACUGGUUAUAUUGCCUUUCAGCUGGAUACAUUACAAGUUGGAUUGAUAUGAAGAGAGCCUUUUUGGAGAAAUUUUUCCCAGCUUCUAGGACUGCAACUAUCAGGAAGAGCAUUUGUGGUAUUAACAAGUAGUGGGAGAGACUCUUUAUGAUUAUUGGGAGAGAUUCAAGAAGCUGUGUUCGAAUUGUCCACAACAUCAAAUUAGUGAUCAACUUCUUGUUCAGUAUUUUUAUGAAGGUCUACUUCCCAUGGAUAGGAGCAUAAUAGAUGCACCAGCUAGAGGAGCCUUGGUGAAUAAGACUCCAAAUCAAGCAAGAGAGCUAAUUUCAAAUAUGGCGGAAAAUUCACAGCAAUUUAGGAGUAGAGCUCUUGGUACUAGAGUGGUUAAUGAAACUCAUUUAGUUUCGACUAAGCAAUAAGAAAUUAGAAACAAUUUGCAAGAAUUGACCUCUCUAGUGAAGCAAAUGGCGUUGCAAAAUUCGUGUCAUGUUUCAAAUUUUCCCUUAUCAAUGAUGAAGUUGUGUGGAAUUUGUUUAAGCCAAGAUCACUCUUCGGAUCAUUGUCCUAAUCUACAUCAAGAUGACUCCGUUGCAGCCAUUUCAAGACCUUAAUUUCAGCAACACAAAUAUAAUCCCAACUCUUCAACAUAUAAUCCGGGAUGGAGGGAUCAUCCUAAUUUGAGGUAUGGGAAUGCAUUUUAUCAACAACAACCACAACGGCAGAUUCAUCAGCCAUAAUAUCAGCAGUCACAAUCUCAACGAAACUUCAGCCAAAAUCAGCAAUUUCAACCAUUCCAGAAUUUCCAGCAUUCAAAUGUUGCAAGUCAUCCACAAUUUCAGAACUCACAGAAUCAACAAACACAUUUUCAGCAUGUUCAGCAACCUGUGUAGAAUUUCCAGCAGCCAAGUAAUGCAAAUCAGCAUCAAUUUCAGCUUACACUGCCUUCUUCUACAAGCCCAAGAUCAAUGCAACCUCAGCAAAACUUUAGCAGCUCAAAAAUUGAGGAUUUGAUGCAGCAAGUGUUUCAACAACAACAGAAGAUGAUGCAACAGCAGCAACAUUAGCAGAGGACUGAUACAACACUGUAAAACAUUGAAAGGCAGAUUGGGCAACUGGCUAGUAACAUUAAUCAGAUGCAAAAUCAAGGAUCUGGACAAUUGCCUUCACAACCGACUCCAAAUCCUAAAGGAAAUGUAAGUGCAUUGUCUUUGCGAAGUGGUAAAAAAAUUCCAGACCCAGGUCAGAAUUGUCCAGCAGGAGCACAGCAGAAUAUUUCCAGGUCAUUUGCAGCUUCGAGUUCACAGAAUUUUCCAGCAAGUUCAGAGCCAACAGAUCCACCACAGAAUGGUAUUAUUGGAGCUGAUCAGCAACAUUUCAAUCAACCUGCAACUUCAGAAUCUGAUCAAUUAGAUGGAGCAUAUUUCGGCUUGAAAUUUACUCCAACAGCAGCUUCAAAUUCAGCUCCAAAUUCAGCACAGAAUCUGGACAGAAAUCUAAACCAGCAAGGAGUUGAGCCUUCCAUUUCGUUACCUUUCCCUCAAAGAAGUGUAUAACCAAGAAAAGAAAUGGAGGAAGAAAAGGCAAGGGAAUAUCAAGAAUUGGUGAAGUUAUUCAGCAAGGUUGAAGUGAAUGUGCCUUUACUUACCAUGAUUAAGCAAAUUCCUAAAUAUGUCAAAUUUCUCAAGGAUCUUUGUGUGCACAAAAAGAAAUUGAAGGGGAAUGAAUUGAUAAGUAUGGGAAAAAAUGUUUCAGCAUUACUUCAGCUAGUUCCUCGGAAGUGUGAAGAUCCAGGAGUUUUCACCGUGCCUUGUGUUAUAGGCGAUUGUAUUUUUGAGGAUGCGAUGUUAGAUCUUGGAGCUUCAAUAAAUGUGAUGCCGAAAUCAGUUUUUCAAUCAUUAAGAAUUAGACCUUUACAGCCUACAGGUGUAGUAAUUCAAUUAGCUAACCGAAGUCAAGCACACCCAGCUGGAGUGAUAGAAGAUGUAUUGGUAAAAGUGAGGGAGUUGAUUUUUCCUGCAGAUUUUUACAUCUUAGAUAUGGAGAGUGAUGUGCUUGCGAACCGGGUUCCGCUUAUUCUUGGACGCCCAUUCUUGAAGACUGCUAGAACGAAGAUUAAUGUGCAUGUAGGAACUCUUUCUAUGGAGAUAAGAGACACAGUGGUUAGAUUUAGCAUUUUUGAGGCUAUGAAGCAUCCUAGAGAGGAUCAUUCUAUACUUAGCGUGGAUAUCUCAGAGGAGUUGAAUGGCAUGGAGUUCUUGUCAGAUGUUGAUUCAAACUUAGAGGUUUCUGAUUUUGGUCAAGAGAAUGAAUUUGUUUCUUUGUUAGAGGAUAUCUUAGAUGUGGAGGAAGAUGUUAACUCAAGAGAAUGCGUAGGGGAUUGCUUAGGAGAAGCAUUACCCCUAGGAUCGCUCAGAGAGGAAGAGAUAUGUGUAGGGGAUUGCUCAGCAGUACUACCUUUAGGAUCACCUACUAUUGACCAGACACAGGAGGAAUUGAAGUCAUUGUCUCAACAUUUGAAAUAUGUGUAUUUGGGAGAGAAUCAGCAGCUACCUGUCAUCAUAGCUAAGAAUUUGGAACUGGAUCAGGAGGAAAGAUUGUUAGAGAUUCUGAGACAGCAUAGAAAGGCCAUUGGAUGGACUCUGGCAGACAUUCUUGGGAUCAGUCCUUCCAUUUGUAUGCAUAGGAUUCACUUAGAGGAGGAUGUGAGGCCAGUGAGACAGCCAUAGAAACGACUGAACCCUUUGAUUUUGGAUGUGGUAAAGAAUGAGGUGACUAGACUCUUACAGGCUGGCAUUAUUUAUCUGAUUUUUGACAGUAAAUGGGUAAGUCUCAUCCAUGUGGUUCCGAAGAAGUCAGGGGUGAUAGUGGUAGCUAAUGAAGAGAACGAACUGGUGCCUACGAGAGUAAAGAAUUCUUGGAGAGUAUGUGUGGACUACAGGAAGCUAAACCAAGCAAGCCGAAAGGAUCAUUAUCCACUUCCUUUUAUUGAUCAGAUGUUGGAGAGGCUGACAGGUAAAUCACAUUAUUAUUUUCUCGAUGGGUACACUGGUUAUUUUCAUAUUUGCAUCGACCUAGAGGACCAGGAGAAGACUACCUUCACUUGCCCUUUUGGUACAUUCACAUAUCGUAGGAUGUCAUUUGGACUGUGCAACGCUCCAGGUACUUUUCAAUGAUGCAUGGAUUCUACAGGAGAUUUAUUAGGGACUUCAGUAAGAUUGCUCUGCCAUUAUCUCAGCUACUUCAGAAGAAUGUUAUGUUUGAUUUCGAUCAGAGGUGUAUAGAGGCGUUCGACAGAUUGAAGGAGACUCUUACUUCAACACCUAUUAUCAGACCCCCCAAACUGGUUCUUACCUUUUGAGUUGAUGUGUGACGCUUCAGAUUAUGCAAUGGGAGUUGUACUGGCACAGAGAGUGGAUGGAGCACCACAUGUUAUUUGUUACGCAUCAAAGACUUUAGACUCAGCUCAAGCAAACUACACAACAACAGAAAAAAGCUUCUUUCUAUUGUUUUUGCUUUAGAUAAAUUUAGAUCAUAUCUUCUUUGUUCUCAUGCAUGUGAUUGUUUUUUCUGAUCAUGCAGCUUUGAAGUAUCUCCUCAAGAAGCCUGAUGCAAAGCUUAGAUUAAUCAGAUGGAUGCUUUUGCUUCAAGAAUUCGACGUAGAUAUGUGAUAGGAGCGGGAAGGAGAACUUGGUUGCAGAUCACUUGAGCAGGAUUGAAAGAGACUUGGACCACUCAGCUAUUGACGAUGAUUUCAAGGAGAGCAGCUUCUACAGCUGCAAGGUUUGGAGUACCCAGGGCGAUCAUAAGUGAUCAAGGGUCUCAUUUUUGUAACAGACACAUGAAUGCUUUGCUACAUAAGUACGGGGUUACACACAAAGUUUCUACAUCAUAUCACCCUCAAACGAAUGGGCAAA